GGACUGCGAAAGAAAAGGAAGAUAUCUGAAGAUGAUACAGACUGGCUUACAGAACUUGAUCAAGAGAUGCAAUCAAAAUCUAGUAAAAAGGAUGAAAAACCUGUUAGGAAAAGGCCACCGCCAAUUAGAGGAGAAUUUAAAUGUUAUCAAUGUCCACGAAUUUUCCCAACUCUGAAAGGAUUUCAGAAUCACCUUGAAUGCCAUAAGAAGGUAACUUGUGAAUUAUGUAAUUUGGUUUGCACUAAACCUCAUCUGAAGAGACACAUGAUGGUACAUACAGGAGAAAAACCUUUUAUUUGUGAUGUCUGUGGAAGUGGAUUUGCUGAUGUUAGUUCUAUGAAGGAUCACCAGCAUGUACAUACUGAUGUCAAGAAGAUUCAGUGUGAGCUUUGUGACUAUCGCUGUAAAACAGUUAAAAGGUUACGCAUGCAUAUGGUAAGACAUACCACAGAGCGUAGGUUUCAAUGUGAUAAUUGUGGAGCUCGAUUUUUACGCAAUAGUGAUUUAAAGAAACAUCUAAUAGUUCAUAAGGACACAUAUCCAUUUGCUUGUGGAAAUUGCCCUAAAAGAUUCAAAGACAAAAUGCAUUUGAAACGACAUGAAGAGACUCAUACAGAUCAAUACAAAUUUCAGUGUCCAUUUUGUGGCAAACGUAUGAGACAGUCUGGAAAUCUAAAGACUCAUAUGAGAACCCACAAUGGAGAAAAACCCUAUAAGUGUGAAAAAUGUGGUCAAGGUUUUGCACACAAUGUUACUAAAAAACAGCAUCAAGAGCAUAAAAUAGGAAAGGGUGAAUACCAAUGUCCAGAAUGUCCAAGGAUAUUUGUAAAUUAUAAAGGAUUUCAAAAACAUCAGGAACAUCAUAAAAAUGGUUUUAAAACGACUUGUGAGAUUUGUGGUGUUUUGUGUCCCACCCCAAGUCAUUUUAAAAAUCAUAUGCGAACUCACACUGGAGAAAAACCUUUUGUAUGCGAUGUGUGUGGUAAUGCAUAUGCUCAGAUCAGUUCGUUGAACAGUCACUUGCUAUCACACUCUGAUGAGCGCCCUAUACACUGUGAAUUUUGUGAAUAUAAAUGUAGAACUGUGAAGAUUCUAAAGAGACACAUGAUCUGCCAUACCAAUGAAAAGAAAUACCAGUGUGACAAUUGUGGAGCACGAUUUUCAAGAAGUGGAUGUUUGAAAAAGCAUCUUAUAAUUCAUACUGAUGAAUGGCCCUUUCCAUGUGACCUUUGUCCCAAAAAAUUCAAGAACAAGGUGCAUUUGAAGAGACACGAAGAAACUCAUACUGAUGAAUACAAAUUUCAGUGUCCUGUUUGUGGCAAACGCAUGAGACAAUCAGGAAAUCUCAGAACUCAUAUGCGAACUCACAAUGGGGAAAAGCCUUACAUAUGUGAAAUAUGUGGUAUGGCAUUUGCCCAUAAUGUUACUCGUAAGCAACACCAAAGUCAUUGCAAUGGACGAAUCAAUGUCAUGGUGCAUUAACAGGAAUCUUUGAUGUAAAAUAAGUGACAGAUUUAAAAUUAAAUAUCAACUU